AUGGAUGGAUGUGCGUCAGGAAUGUUGCUGUCAGCCCCACAAAUGCUGAAUGAGCUAGUGGUGGGAGACACCAACGGGAAACUCUAUGUUUACAAGAAUGAUGACAGCAAACCCUGGGCUGUGCGAUCUUGCCAAGGAAUGCUUACAUGUGUUGGCGUGGGAGAUGUAUGCAAUAAAGGAAAGAAUCUCGUGGUGGCAGUGAGUGCAGAAGGCUGGUUUCAUCUUUUUGACCUGACUUCUCCCACUUCAAAACACCCAGAUGCUUCAGGCCACCAUGAGUUGGCAGCAGCAGAAGAGCAGAAGCCAGUGUUCAAGCAGCACAUUCCUGCCAACACCAAGGUCAUGCUGAUCAGUGACAUUGAUGGAGAUGGGAAGUGUGAGUUGGUGGUGGGUUACACUGACAGGGUGGUACGUGCCUUCCGCUGGGAGGACUUGUCAGAGAAUUCAGACCAUGUUUCUGGGCAGCUGCUCCUGUUGAAGAAAUGGCUGCUAGAAGGUCAGGUGGACAGCCUCUCUGUGAACCCAGGCCCUGAUGGCUCACCGGAGAUGAUGGUGUCUCAGCCAGGCUGUGGUUAUGCCAUUCUCCUGUGCACCUGGGACUCUGAGCAGCAGGCCACGACAGAGGGAAGAGACAACUCUGCCCCAAGCAGUGAGGCCCCUGUUCGAGAUGUUAUUCUACACCAAACAUCUGGACGGAUUCACAACAAGAAUGUUUCCACUCAUCUAAUUGGUAGCAUUGGCCGAG